UAUUUUUUUCUUCAUCUCCUUCUCUCUUCCGUGGGUUCAGCGCAGGCUGCCCAGUCACUCAGCACCCCUUCUUUUAUCAGCUUUUGGGGACGCCGCCAGCAGAAAUGGGACGACUGGGAUUCAGCACCACGGACAGCGCUCGACUUCUGCUGACUGCAGGUGUGCUGGCGCUGUCCGUGGUGCUGGCCGAGCAGGAAGGGGAGAACCUGUCCGGUCUUUCUGACAACCCGGACAAAGGAAUCUUCGCUGUGCGGGAAAACGGCACCACAUGCCUGUUGGUGGAGUUCGCUGUGAAAUUCCUUGUGCCGUAUGACGUCCUCGCUCUCAACGGGAUAGACCUGAUCACCGAGCAGGCUUCCUUCAAUCUGCCCCGUGGGGCAGAAAUCGAGGGUAAAUGCGACAGUACCGAGUCAGAAAUCCACAUAAGCUGGAAAAACAACGCCUACACUCUCCGCAUCUAUUUCUCAAAGGAAUUCCGUGACAAGGGCACUGAGGUGUGGAAGAUUAGCAGGGUCCAAUUCGUUUACGACACCUCGGAGACGUCGCAUUUCAUCAACGCAUACAACCCUGGGAAACACACUGCCAACACCCACCGCCUCUCGGCCUUGGUGACCCCCGCCGGGCACGCAUAUGUGUGCGCAGCACAGCAGACCCUCAGGCUCAUCUCAAGCGACCACCAAAAAGGCAUCACACUCUCCAUGUACGACAUCCAGAUCCAGCCCUUUGACAUCGCCUCUGACUUCAUAUUCAGUGAACCUUACAAGUGUAUCACUGACCAGCGGGAGCGGCUUGAGGAGAUACUCCCCCUCAUCCUAGGCCUCAUUUUGGGUCUAGUAAUUGUCAUCAUGCUCACCAUCUACCACUUCCAUCUAAAACUGACAGCGACCCAGCCUCAGCUCCCCAGAGAUCGCUCCAUGUACAAGAACAUGUAGUCUGCAGCAGAGCCACGACUCCCUCUGCUCUCUCCAAAGCCAAUCCAAUAACAGACUUUUCUUCUCGACGUCCCAGACCUAACACCACAGAGAAAAAUGGCCUGAAGUGAACUGAUCCUCUGAUAGGUGAGUGAAGCCUGUGUCGAGGUCCCACUGAAACUUUCCAACAGCCAAAAAUCAAGUUAUUGGGACAACUUGGGGCAAGAUGAAUGAACCUGGAGAGUCAACCUGCCGAGAUCAAAUCAGGCUGGCUGCUGAAUUUAAUCUCAAUGCCAUAAACGUAUUGUCUGCAUUACAAUGAAAAGAACUUUAGUAAAGAUAAAUCAUUUAUGCUUUUAUGAAAAAACAAAUAUAUAUAUUCAAACUGCUGGGUGACACCUUAAACCAUAAACCUGAGAUUUUUUUCCUCCCUGAUUUCACUGAGACUUAAAGAAGUUUUUGCUCAACUUGUCUUUUAAAAUUAGCAUCACAUGUCGAUGUGCUCAUGGCCUGAGCUUUGCUUUUGUGUCCUUCCUCUCUUUCACUGGUACUACUGCUGCAUUAAUCAACAUGUGUUGUGGUUUCUGUAUUUGUGAACCCUUUUGAACAAAUGUUUUUGUUCAAAUGUCCCAGUUCUUUCAUUCUCGAAUGCAGCCAUAUAGUGUUGAUAGUGGACAAGUUUUGUGUGUUUGCCGUGCUGUGGCAUUCGGUCUUUCAGAGUUGCAGUGUUUUUGCGUUCACUUAAAAAAAAGAACUUGAUACAUAAGUGUGGAAAAGUGUGGUCUUUUAAAUGAAAGGAAAGUUCUGACUAAACUCCAGACCCAGUGUGAAAAAAACAGAAGCCACAUGAGGUUAUAAAAAAACAGUUUGUGUAUUUUAAGAAGUCUAUGCAUAAACCUCUGCUUAUGCAAAUGUGUGCUGUAUUCUUCUGUUCAUGAAAAUAAAGUACCGGACUAAACUCUGCA